UAAAAUCAGAUCAGAAUAUAACCAAAUUGUAACUCCAGCGCUUCUAUGCAUUUGCAGACAUAAAGCUGAUUAAUUUGUGCAUCUAGAUGUAUUUUUGAUUUAGAAUGUAAUGAAGGCACAUGCCAUUUUAACAGUCAUCGAAAGUGGCAUCCUUGUAAUCCAAACUGCCUCUCUACAUACAUGAUACGCAAAAGAUGAUUCUUUAAAGCGAUCUGCAGCCUGCCGUUUGUUAUGGCAGUUUUUCUGUGAAUUACCUUUGAGAGUGAUCGACCCACAUUAUUGUCCUCUCCUGUUUGCAUACAAAACCAUGGCAGUUGAUCAGUGGCCACCAAACAACCCCAGCUGCCUGGAAGAUAUCUGUGUCCAAUUCUGCGUGACACACCUGGAGACAUUCACUGAAGUGAUUGAUCCUGAUUCCAAGACAUUUCUGUAUAAACUGCAGGCCGGUUUAUCGCUACCCAAAGUCAUCUGUGAUAAGCUGCUGCAGGGAUACAUCGAUAGCGCGGAAAAUGUCGAUGACAGUUUUCUCAACAUAUUUAGUGAUACCAAUGUAACACAGUUAACAAACCUCGACUUGCGUUGUUCUGAUGUCACCGACGCCGGUUUACGAUUGGUGCAGAAUCAGCCAAUCCUGAACUUGGACUUAUCACACUGCGACAACAUUACUGCCGACUGUGUGGAAUCCAUCAGCGCAGUGGGUAAAACGCUAGGAUCUCUGCGAAUGAGUACGACACCUACGGACAUCCCUAUUUUUGAAUACCUACACCACUGUUGUCACUUACGUCACCUCAGUCUGUGUAAUUUUCCAUUUGAAGACCGCUCGUUACCAUCAGCUCUGUCACAUUUAAUGCAUGCUGACUUCACAGGGUGUUCCUUGUCAUAUGACUUCUUGGAGGGCUUGGGCUGUUUAUCCGGUCUCGUGUCACUGAGUCUGGCCGAUGUCAAUCUUCCUGAUUUAGAUGAAAUUCUGUUGAACAUAUGCAAACUAAAAUAUUUAAGACAUCUGGACUUGUCUCAGAGUAUGGACGAAUCAGUCGCUUAUAGAUAUUUUGUGGAACAUGAUGACACAGAACCCCUUAAAGUAGUUAUGGAUUGUCUUCCUUGCCUUACAUCUCUUGAUAUUUCCGGGACAAAUUUGGCUGGCUUUGAGGUACCCGAAGUCACUUCCCACCGUCUUGGACCAGCAAAUCAGGUCAUCGAUUCAAAUAAAGCCAAUAGUAAUUGUGAAGAGCAAAUAAAGUGUAGCAUACCAGGACUAGAAGACAGACACUUGGAAUUUCUUGGAUUGUUUGGGUGUCCAUAUGAUGCCUGCAGCCGUGAACACAUACCAGCCAGUAAGGUGACGGGAGAACACAAUGAAGAUCAGCUGAUUUUGGCUCUACAAGUCUACAGGGACCGGACUAAUUUUCUAAUCCGUGUCCUCAACAAUCUCUUUGAAUGUUUCCAAGCCACCUCAGUGGUUAGAUGGUGUGACGUUCUAGACGGAAUAUUGAUUGGAAUGGAAAGACAUCCAAAGGAAAGAGAUGUGCAGAUAUCUGGAAGUGCUUCAUUGUUUUAUAUUGCUAAAGGAGAAAAGAAAGGAAACAUUACGCAGAAGCAGAAGAGAAAAAUCAUCAGACUUUUGUUGACUGGCAUGAGAAAUUUUAAUAAUGAGCAAACUAUGAUGCGUAAUGGAUGUCUAACCUUGUGUCAUUUCAACAUUCCAUUUGAUGUUAUGUUCUGCUACAAGAUGGUGGUGAAGGUGUUGCUGCAGAUGCUGGAGGUCGACCACAGGGACAACUUCAUCCACCGCAUCGGCAUCUUCCUGCUCAACAGCCUCGCCUGUCAGGUGGAUGGCAAGGAGAAGGAGCUUGUGGGAGAUAUGGGAGCCAUCGAGACAAUGCUGUUCAUAAUUCAGAACAAGUUGCGAGAACGCGAGUGUGAUGAAAUUAUGGAGGUCGCGUGGAGUACCAUGUGGAAUGUUACAGAUGAAACGCCUCCAAAUUGUGAACGAUUUCUUGACCAUGGUGGAAUGGAACUCUUCUUGAAAUGUUUAAAGCAUUUUGAGGAGAAACCGGAAUUACUCAGAAAUAUGAUGGGUUUGAUGGGAAAUAUAGCAGAAGUAAAAUACUUGAGACCAAGACUGAUGGUAACAAAAUAUGUCACUGUUUUCAGCAACCUUCUCAACUCGACCAGCGAUGGGAUAGAGGUGAGUUACAAUGCGGCAGGUGUUCUGGCUCACAUGGCAUCAGACGGUGCGGAUGCCUGGACGAUAGACAAGCCCACACGCGAAGAAAUGCUCGCAACCAUGGUGAAGGCCAUUAGGCGAUGGGACAUCAAAUCCAGUAGAAACAUAAACUAUCGAUCAUUCGAGCCCAUUCUUCGACUACUGAGUGCAUUCGAUACACCACAGGUUCAACAUUGGGCUGUGUGGGCGCUGUGUAACCUGUGUGGAUUCAAUGCUGAAAGGUACUGCCUCCUGCUGGAGAAGGAGAAGGGUGUGGUACUGCUCCAGAACCUUCUGAAGGACGCACGGCCAUACACGGAGAUCAAGCACCUGGCCAGACAGCUGCUGCUGCAGGUGAAGGGCAACACCACCACCAACAUCGAUGUGUGCAUGGAUGUCAGCUUCGACGAUGAUGUCGGCACCAGCGUCGACCUAGGUGUCGGUGCGGUGUGUGAUAACAUGGAUGGCGAAGACGGCGGUGGGGACACGCUGAGGGUGGUGGUGUCGCACGAACCAGAGAGCGACAGAGCCAACCAGAAUCAUGUGGUGGAGCAGGGACUGUGUGAUGGCAGGGGAGACAACCUCAACAAUAAAGUCUUGUUGAUGGAAGGAACUGAUGAUGAGGAUGACCCAGACUUAGAAGACUUUUUGUGAAGUCUGUUG